GGAGGAUGUGCACCAGCGGCCAGAUUAUUGGAAGCCUCUUGGUGCUGUCCGUGCUGGAGAUAGGGCUGGGGUUGUCCAGCGUGGCCGUGGGAGCGGUCAGCUUCAGCCUGGCUCUCCGACAGCACAAGCCGCAGCUCGGAGACUCGUCCCCGGUAUGGAGCGGGGUGUGUUUUCUUCUUUGUGGGAUAUGCGGAAUCUUGUGCGCCAAAAAGAAAUCAGGACUGGUUAUGAUCCUCUUCUCGGCCUGCUGCAUCUGUGGACUCAUCGGAGGCAUCCUGAAUGUCCAGUUCCUUCGGGCAGUCACCAAGAGAACGUCGUCCCUCUACCCCCUGCACCUCGCCUCCAUGUCCCUCGCCUGCAUCGGGAUCGGGGGCUGCACCCUCUCAUCCUGGCUCACUUGUCGGCUAGCCAGCUAUGAACAGAGGAGAAUGUUCUCAGAAAGAGAGCAUUCGCUGCAUCACUCUCAUGAAAUGGCUGAGAAAGUGAGUUUUGGACCUGUCCCCCCCGCACUGCUGUCAUGUGAGGAAGGCUGCCUUAGAGGAGAACUUCAGGAAUGUGAUUGGAAGAGAAGUGUGGUCUGUCUGUAUGAAGACUAGUAUUAUGUUUGUUUUUUCUCUACAAUUCCUAGGUACACCUAUUUCCAACACAAUCCUCGUCUAUUCAAAAACCAUGUUCCUCAAAUAGCAUGUCAUAAAAUAUUGAAUGCCUUAUGAAUAUGGGUUUCUAUGUAUUAUACUGAGAGGAAAGAUACACAAACUAAAGAGAUGCUCUACUCAUUAAUGCCAGUUUUAAAAAUCAGAUGAAUUCCCUUUUCAAUUAAUAGUGCCAGGUUUAGAAAUCGGAUGAAUUCCCCUUUGUAGCUCACCCCCUGGACUUGCAAGUAGAUGUAUUUGAUUAUGUAAAUUGGAUCUUCAAGCAUAAAUGGGGCUUUUUAAGAGGGAAACAAAAGCCUUGCCUAUCAGUGCAGAUAUUGAAGUACACAUAAAGCUUCAUUUAAUUCAAAUUUAAAUGGCCUGCAUAUUUGGAUAGCCAUGCCUGUACUCUCAGAAGCACUGGUGUCAAGUUAAGAGAUUGGCGGCUAACUGAAAGGUUGGCAGUUCAAACCCACCGGUGACUCCAUGGGGCAAAGAUGAGUCAUCUCUUCAGUAAAGAUGACGGCCUUGGAAACCCCAGGGGGCAGUUCCACUCUGCCCUGUAGGGUCGCUCUGAGUUGGAAUUGACUCAGUUCUAAGAGGUUUGGGUUUGGUGUUUUGCCUGUACUUCAAACAGUGGUUCUCCCGUAAUUGCUUCGUGAACCUCAUUUGAACAGGGAGCUGCAGUAAUUACAGAAAAGGGCACACGAUGACAUAGUAAACUCUCUGUGUUCUAACAUUCCGCAAACAUUUCUUUAAUUCCUUGCUAUUGGGUCUUUUAAGACAAUGAUAAAGAAAUCAGUAAAAUAAACCCACUGAGCUCACGACAUUAUAAUUUGCCGCACGACAUGGAAAUAAAACCACUUAAACCCAGAGUCGGGGGAAAGGUAGCAGGAGUUGCCACACACUUUUUAGAAGCUGAUAUUGAGGAAAAAAUAUUGAUUCUGUGAUUUCAUGUGUGUCCGAUUUCUUAGACAAACUAGACCUCCAAAUGAGGGGCGUGGCUGUGACUCAGUAGCUCCAGGAGAGUAAUUUUACGUAGGUAGUUAUGCGUGUGUCCUUGCAAAAGAGUUAAAGGCAGGAAUUCGUUAGCAUAGCUGCUAGGUUGAAGAAAUGGAUUGUUAAAAAGAGAUGUUCGCCAGGUAUGUGCUUGGAUAGUGACUCUUUUGUGCUCUAUUUUUUUCUACUAGCAUGUCAUUGGCUUUUUGUGUAUAUGUUGGUACAAUAUUUAUUGUAUGAUUGUUAUAUUUAUAUUAGAGAUUGAGGGCUAUUGAAAUAACCGACUUGCCCAGCUGUCCGGUGGUGCC